CUGUUCUUUCUUCGCCCUGAUCUCUUACCGGCACAAUUUUUUAAAACCAAUAACUCUCUUUUCCUUUCUCCUAUUUUACAAAAACACACGCGCACGAAAAAAAAAAAUCCCAUUUCUCGAAAUCUCGCUACCUCGAAUAAGUCCCAAACAAUUAGAAUUAUUCGGGAGAGAGGGGGAGGUUAGGGUUUCCGAUGGCCCGGAGCUUCUCAAUGAUCUCGCCGUCGUCGACAUCGUCGUCCGUGGCGGCGCUUGUUCUGAAUGGCGCGGCGAAUUGGUGGGAUGAUGUGAAUGCGUCGCCGCUGUGGCAAGAUUGGAUCUUUCACGUUCUCUCCGGGCUCUUUGGUCUCGUUUCGGCCGUUGCUCUCAUACAAUUGAUUCGAAUCGAAUGUAGAGUUCCGGAGUAUGGAUGGACGACACAAAAGGUCUUUCAUUUCUUGAAUUUUCUAGUAAAUGGAGUUCGGUCUACUGUCUUUGUAUUUCGUCGAGAUGUGCAACUAAUGAAACCUGAGAUUGUGCAACAUAUUCUUCUUGAUAUGCCUGCUCUUGCAUUCUUCACGACUUAUGCACUCCUAGUGCUGUUUUGGGCUGAAAUAUACUAUCAGGCAAGAGGCGUGUCUACGGAUGGACUCAGGCCAAGCUUCUAUACAAUUAAUGUUGUGGUUUAUGCUGUACAGAUAGCUCUAUGGUUAUUUCUUUGGUGGAAGCCUGUUCAAGUUGUGCUUGCCCUAUCCAAGUUAUUCUUUGCUGGUGUCUCAUUGUUUGCUGCCCUUGGUUUCCUUCUUUACGGAGGGAGACUUUUUCUAAUGUUGCAACGGUUUCCUGUUGAAUCAAAAGGGCGACGCAAGAAGCUACAAGAAGUUGGAUAUGUAACCACCAUAUGUUUCGCUUGUUUCUUGAUCAGGUGUAUCAUGAUGUGCUUCAAUGCGUUCGACAAAUCUGCAGACCUUGAUGUUCUGAACCAUCCAAUUCUGAACUUCUUAUACUACUUGCUGGUGGAAAUUCUUCCAUCGUCUCUUGUACUCUUCAUCCUAAGGAAGCUACCUCCAAAGCGCGGGAUCACACAGUACCACCCCAUCCAUUGAUUCCCAAGGUCUUAAAAUAUAAUUGAUUCGGGGCUUUCAGAAGACAUCUCAAGAAAUUUCUUACCAAGGUUGUUCGAAAGGUUGGUUUUUGUUACUUUCAGAACUCCUGUGAUCGAUCUGUAACAUAUCUGUGGACGACAGCGUUUCUUUCGUUUAGCUCUUAUAUGGCGUGAUUUCCGCACCUUGUAUCUUCUCUAGUUUAAGCGUGUAUGAUGGUUAUUGGAUGAAAUCCAAGGAUCUUUAGUGAGUUUUGUUGGUGAUGUUUUGAGAUACUAGGCUGUGUUAGUAUUAUUAUCAUAACAUGUAGAUUAUUUUUUAUUCAAUAUGUGGUUAAUAUGUGGUUGAAGUGCGAACAUGAUUAGUGUAAGAAAAAGAAGAAGAGAGAUUUCAUGAGUUGAGAAAUGUUGCAUACUGCUCGGCAGAUGAGAAA